AGAGAGAGGGAGAGACAAUAAUUCAAUUUUUCUUUGGUUCUCUUUUGAUACCCUCUGCAGCGUGCACGGUGCACCGUGCAGCAGGGCUCCUUCUUCGAACCGAUCAUUGUCAGCUGAAGGUCACAUGGAGCCGGACCGGUUCGGAUUCCGGCUCACCAUCUCUAUACAACUUCUGUUUUUUCCCCUCUCUGUCAACGCGAACAAAAAGAGCCGGAAGCUUCGUCCUUCCCCCCUCUCCCUCUUUCUAUCUUUAUAUGAAUAGAACGCCUGUGUUUGUAUAAUAUAUUUGUUGCCAGGAAGGUAGAGCUGUUUACCUUUCAUUCUCAUUCACACGUUCUGGGGACUGAAGGGCCAGGAGCUCAGCUAACAGGUUCCCUGCCAGACUUGAGAGAGAGAGAGAGAGAGCGUUCUUCUGCUGCGACGUAUGUAAAAUGUUUUGGGGUUUUCGGUACAUUGUUGACGAACUACAUAACUGAGAAAUUUCUUGGGGCUCUCUUAUGUCUAAACAACAAAAAGAGACAAAAAAGAAGAGUUUAUUUGUUCGCUUUGUGACGGUGACCUCUGUAUUUCACAUUUUUUUUCUUAUAUACUCCCAAUUCAUGGAACGAGAUCAGGGUUGGGCGUCGAAGAAAACCCGGAAGAGAAAACUACCAGAAGAAGAAGAUCGUGGGAUGUUGGACUUGUCGUUUGACGAGUUGAAUCAGGACCUGCUCGAAAAGGUUCUUGCAUGGCUGCCAACAUCGAGCUUCUGCCGCCUUCGUUCAGUGUGCAAAAGAUGGAGUUGUGUUGCAGAGUCUGCAACUUUUCUACUCGCUUGCUCUCAGAUUCCCUCCCGGGAUCCCUGGUUUUUUAUGGUCGAUCCCAAUCUUGACCAAUCCAUUGUCUUUGAUACUGCUGAAAAGAACUGGAAAAAUCUCAAUCACUCCCUUCAUCUCCAACAAAACCCCGGCCACAAUUCCAUUCCAGUUGCCGCUUCUGGUGGUUUGAUCUGUUUCCGCACCGUUUCAGGGGAAUUCGUUGUCUGCAACCCAGUUACAGGUGCAUACCGUGAACUUCCUCCGGUGUGUACAACCAAUCAAAGUCAGACACUUGAUGCCAUUGCAAUGGUUUCAUCCGCCAACCGCUCCUCUUACAAGCUUGUCUUGGUCUGCGGUGACCUCCCCAACCUCUCCGCCAAGGUCUACGAUUCGGGGACAAAUCAGUGGGAAGAAGAGAUUACUCUAAUUCGGAACACCAACAGAAAUUCACUAGAAUCUGAGUCUAGCGGAGAUGAGACUCUUUAUUUUCUGAGUAAAGCUGGGGACGUUGUGGCUACCAACAUGCAGAGGAGCCCAUCUAAGCAAUACUCAUCGGUUAUAACUGUUAAAGAUGGCGAAGAGAUUAUUUAUUUUCUUAGCUCAACGGGGACGGUUGUGGCAUGCAACCUGGCCAAGAAGUGCUUCUCCGAAUAUCCGAGAUUGCUGCCUCUCUAUUUUGAGUAUUCCAUCGAUGUCAUUGAGUGUAGGGGUGAGAUGUUGUUGGUUGUUUUGUCGGAAUUACUGGAAAGCGCAAGUCUUAGGGUGUGGAGGUUCUCUGAAGAGAACCGAUUGUGGCAUCAGAUUGCAGUUAUGCCUCCGGCCAUGUCACACGAAUUCUAUGGCGGGAAAGCGGAUAUUAACUGUGUGGGGUAUGGAGAUCAGAUACUCAUCUGUGUCAACUCCACGGGAACGGAGUUUGGUUCUUGUUUCUUAUGUGAUUUGGUGACAAAUGGUUGGAUUGAAUUGCCCAAAUGUUUUGUGAAUGGGAAGCCUAGGGAGUUCAUGUCUGCCUUCUCAUUCGAGCCUAGGAUUGAGGCAUGUGUGUGAACUGUGAAGAGGGAGAUGGCCGCGCGAUUGGGGGAAGAGGGGAUCAGUGUAACUUGUAAUGUUUUCUUUAUUUUUUUUCAAUAUUUUGUUUAUUACUGCGGAUUUUCUCUUUUUUAUUAUAAGAUAAGAUUCAGGCCUUUAGCUUUAGGGCCGGUUUUAACUGUCAUACCUAUAUCUACAACUGUAGUAUCAUAAAGCUUUAUGGAUGUAAGGAUUUUCUCUAGAUGGUUUCAGCUAUUAAAUUCGGUAAUGUACAACUGCACCUUCAUC